UCAUAAAUCAUUGAACUAUGGAAGUUGGAAAUUAUGUCAUUUUGGUACUGUGAUUGUCUAGUAUUAACAUCUGCAACAACACUACCCACCCAAUGAAAGUGGUGCAGCCCAAAACCAAAUGUAACACCACACACAAACACGUCAAUUUCUCUCCUCUCAGUGAGGUUCUAUCGUUUGAAGGAUUAGACUUAAAUGUUGCUGUUUGUAUCACAUGUUCUUUGAGUUGCAGCAUUUCACUGGGGUUUGGUUGAAUCGUUAUUGUUGAUAAGGUCAUUGAAGUUUCAGGAGCUUUUUUAAGGGGUUAUCCCUAAGGUCUAAAACAAACCUUGAAGUAGACUGAGAAAGGAGAAAAAUGGAGUCUCUAAUUCUUCAACUUCAUGAAAUAUCAGCUGUGAAAUUUGGUAAUUUCAAGCUGAAAUCUGGCAUAUCCUCACCAAUCUACAUAGACCUCCGCCUUGUUAUAUCUUACCCUUCUGUCCUCCGGAAAGUUUCUCAGACCCUCAUUUCUUCUGUCUCUUCCACUUCAUUUGACCUUGUCUGUGGUGUCCCUUACACUGCUCUUCCCUUUGCCACCUGUGUCUCCGCUACUCAGAACAUCCCCAUGGUCAUGCGCCGCAAGGAAGUAAAAGAUUAUGGCACUUCUAAAGCCAUUGAAGGUGAUUUCAAGCAAGGUCAAAGUUGCUUGAUAAUUGAGGAUCUAGUUACAAGUGGCACUUCAAUUUUGGAAACUGCUGCCCCACUGCGUUCUGCAGGGUUGAAGGUCAGUGAUGCUGUUGUUUUGAUUGAUAGAGAGCAAGGCGGAAAAGAGAAUCUUGAGAAUAACGGAAUCAAGCUGCAUGCAAUUCUUAAGUUGACUGAAAUGGUGAAAAUUUUGAGUGAAAAAGGAAAGCUUAAUGAGCAGAUGCUAGAGGUUGUUAUGAGAUUCUUAGAAGAGAAUCAAAAGAUUGUUGCUUUGGCAACAAGAACUAAGUUCAAUGCCUUUCCAUUAUUGGAAAGGGCUAAAUUGUCCAAGAAUCCGACAGGAAAGAGGUUGUUUGAGAUAAUGGCUGAGAAGGAGAGUAAUUUGUGUUUGGCUGCAGAUGUUGCAACUGCUGCUGAAUUACUUGAAAUCGCUGACAAGGUUGGACCUGAGAUAUGCUUGCUGAAGACACAUGUGGAUAUUUUACCAGAUUUCACCCCUGAUUUUGGUUCUAAGCUUCGCUCGAUUGCAGAAAAACAUAACUUCUUAAUAUUUGAGGAUCGUAAGUUUGCUGAUAUUGGUAACACAGUGACCAUGCAGUAUGAAGGCGGGAUCUUCCAUAUAUUGGAUUGGGCUGACAUAGUAAAUGCUCACAUUAUAUCUGGUCCUGGAAUUGUAGAAGGACUGAAGUUGAAGGGUUUGCCUCGUGGAAGGGGUCUUUUGCUGCUUGCUGAAAUGAGUUCAAGUGGUAACCUUGCCAAGGGAGAUUACAUCACUGCUGCAGUGAAAAUUGCUGAGGAUCAUUCUGACUUUGUCAUUGGCUUCAUCUCAGUCAAUCCAGGAUCAUGGCCUGGAGCACCUGUAAAUCCCUCUUUCAUUCAUGCAACGCCUGGAGUUCAAAUGGUGAUUGGUGGUGAUGCUUUAGGGCAGCAAUAUAACACGCCAUAUUCUGUUAUCUAUGAAAGAGGUAGUGACAUUAUCAUAGUGGGUCGUGGCAUCAUCAAGGCCAAAAAUCCGAGUCAUGCAGCUCGUGAAUAUCGUCUUCAAGGAUGGAAUGCAUAUUUGACCAAGUGCAGCUGAAGCCUGUAUUCUCAGACUAAUUGGAUGAUGCCAAGUGCAUAGUUAGGAAGAAGAAUCCUACUUGUUCAUAGGAUGUAUUUCAUUUCACCAUAGUAUAUAGGUAACUUCCAAAGCUGAAUGCAGCACUGGAGUUUAAUUUUCUUCCCCGUUCCCAUUUUUGGCUAGAAAAAAGUAUUUGCUGUUCUGCUGAUCUUUGCCUGAAGUGCUUCAUUUUAUGAUUUUUCUCAGCAUGUAAUAGGUUGAAAAUACUUCAUUUCACAAUAAUUUUUCACAUCUUUUUA